AAAGUUGCUUUCACUUUCACUAGAAGGCUCCACCGAUUCCGCGGAGAAACCGCACUCACACUAAAGGCGCGAGAAAUCCACAUCCCGGCAGCGAGGACACGGCCGAGGGAGAACACUGAAACUGUCGGAAAGUCUCGCCAUGGCCUUUAAAUACCCGGCUGCCCGCAGAGAUGAGAGUAAGGUGGAUGAUUACCAUGGAAACAAGAUCAGUGACCCCUACGCUUGGCUGGAGGAUCCCGACAGCGAGGAGACGAAGGCGUUUGUGGACGAACAGAACAAGCUGACCAUGCCGUACCUGGAGCAGUGCGCCGUCGGCGCUCAGUUCCAGCAGCGCCUCACCGAUCUGUACGACUACCCCAAGUACAGCUGCCCCUUCAAGCGGGGCAACAGGUAUUUCUACUUCCACAACAAGGGCCUUCAGAACCAGCACGUGCUGUACGUGCAGGACUCUCUGGAAUCGCCGUCCACCGUGUUCUUCGACCCGAACAAGCUGUCUGAAGACGGCACCGUGGCUCUGACCAUGGGCCGCCUGUCCGAGGACUGCGAGUACUUCGCGUACGGCCUGAGCAGCGGCGGCUCGGACUGGGUGACGAUCCGCUUCAUGAAGGCCGGCGACCUGACGGAGCUGCCCGACGUCCUGGAGAGGGUCAAGUUCAGCUGCCUGGCCUGGACCCACGACGCCAAGGGGGUUUUCUACAACUGCUACCCCCGCCAGGAGGGCAAAGCUGACGGCACGGAGACGACGUCCAACAUCAACCAGAAGCUCUACUACCACGUCAUCGGAACCAAGCAGUCGGAGGACAUCCUGGUGGCAGAGUUCCCCGAACAUCCCAAGUGGCACAGUGCACUGACCAUCUCGGACGACGGCAGGUACGCCGUUCUGUCCAUCACCGAAGGCUGCGAGCCGGUAAACCGGCUGUGGUACUGCGACCUCCACAGUCUCCCCGACGGCAUCAAAGGUCUGCUGCCGUGGGUCAAGGUGGUGGACGACUUCGACGCCCAGUACUCCUACAUCACCAACGAGGGCAGCGUCUUCACCUUCCGCUCCAACCUGGACGCGCCGCGCUACCGCCUCAUCAACAUCGACCUGCAGAGGCCGGAGAAGCAGCACUGGACCACCCUCAUACCGCAGCACGACAAGGACGUCCUGGCCUCCGUUUCUGCCGUCAACCAGCGCCACCUGCUGGUCAACUACGUGCACGACGUGAAGGACAUCCUGCAGGUGCGCGAGCUGUCCACGGGGGCGCUGGUCCGGGACCUGCCGCUGGACGUGGGGACCGUGGCCGGAGUCAGCUGCAAGAAGAAGCACUCCGAGUUCUUCUACAAGUUCACCUCCUUCACCACGCCGGGCAUCAUUUAUCACUGUGACCUGAGCGAUGAAAGCCCUCAGCCCCGGGUCUUCAGAGAGGUGGAGGUCAAAGGCAUCAAGCAGGACGACUAUCAGACCAGCCAGGUGUUCUAUCCCAGCAAAGACGGAACCAAGAUUCCCAUGUUUUUGGUCCACGCCAAGAAUUUGAAGAAAGACGGGACUAACCCAGUUUUCCUGUAUGGAUACGGAGGAUUUGAGGCUUCGAUACAGCCAUACUACGAUGUUGCCAAUCUGCUGUUUGUGAGACACCUGGGAGGAGUCCUGGCAGUGGCCAACAUCAGAGGGGGCGGAGAAUACGGCUUAACCUGGCACAAAGCGGGCUGUUUGGGGAACAAGCAGAAUUGCUUCGAUGACUUCCAGUGUGCGGCAGAGUUCCUGAUCCAGGAGCAGUACACCACCGCCAGCCGCAUCGCCAUCAACGGCGCCUCCAACGGCGGGCUGCUCGUCGCGGCGUGCCUGAACCAGCGACCGGACCUGUACGGCUGCGUGGUCGCGGAAGUGGGCGUGAUGGACAUGCUCAAGUUCCACAAGUUCACCAUCGGCCACGCCUGGACCACCGACUACGGCUGUUCUGACGACCCGGAGCAGUUCAAGUGGCUCAUCAAGUACUCCCCUCUCCAUAACCUCCCCGAGCCGCCGUACUCCGGCGCCCCCUUCCCCGCCGUGCUGCUGCUGACGGCGGACCACGACGACCGCGUGGUGCCGCUGCACACGCUCAAGUACUGCGCCGCCCUGCAGCACGGCGUGGGCAGCAGCCCCGCGCAGCGCCAGCCCCUCAUGGUGCGGGUGGACACGCGCAGCGGCCACGGCGCCGGGAAACCUACCGCCAAGGCCAUCCUGGAGAACACGCACGUCUUCUCCUUCAUCGCCGAGACUCUGGGCCUCGGCUGGAAGGACUGAGGCGAACACGAGGAG